GCCCGGGAGUCAAAGCCGCGGGAAUUCUCUCCUCCCCUCUCUCACAACCCCAACAAAUCCUCAUAAAUCCCCAACCCCUUCUCUCCCACCCACCGAAACAAAAUCCAUGCUUCGUUAUCAACAAAAGGAAAUUAAUACGAAAGAAAAAGGAAUGUAUGAAUAAAUGAACGGACCGUGCCGAAUCAGUUCCCAUAAUAACGUUGGUUGCCUCAACGUUCCGUUUCCCAAAUUUAGCACCCCCCAACGGUUACAUUUCCCCCUCCCAUCACUCCCUCGAAACAAUCCCUCAUCCCUUAUAAUAAUAGCAAACACGGCUCGAUUUUUAUCUCCCCAUUAACCAUUCCAUUAUUAUUAUACGAUCUCGUUGUGUUUCUCUUUUUCAUUACCACCACCACCACCACCACUACCACUAUUAUUAUUAUAACCAUAAUAAUCGGUGCUGCCGCCGCCGCCGAAUGGCGUCAUCGGUGGCGAGAAUGCCGCGAGAGGAAUGGCGGGACCCCGGCCGCCUCUCGUCGGCAGUCUUCGGAGCCCACACCCACCACCACCACCACCACCACCGCCGUCAGUCCUUCUCUCGGCAGCAAAAGAGCGCGCUCGUCCGCGACCGCCAGCACGUCGCCAUCGCCCCCGCGACGACCGAUUCCAACGACCCUGCUGUUGCUGCUGCUGCUAUAAGAGAGGACAAGGAGGAGGUGGAUUCUCCGUCCUUCGCCUCGGCGGCCGCCGCGGAGCAGCAGAGGCAGUCGCAGAUCCUCGACCGGUGGGCGGCCCGGCAGGCGCGCGGGAUGGUGACGACGAUUGAGAGGCAGGCGUGCGAGGCCGAGCUGUCUGCCCUCUCCACCUCCAGCCAGCCCGUCGCCGCCCGCGCCGCCUCGCUCCUCCUCCACCGCCGCCGUCGCGACCCCUCCCCCGCCGCCUCCGACUCCUCCGCCGCCAGCGCCACCACCAACAACAACAGCAGCAUCGGAUUCGCCGCUCCGCUCGACACCGCCUGCAAUGUCCGGGCGUCCUCCUUAAUCCAGAUGUGGCGGGAGCUCGAGGCGGAGGCCGGGCUCGCCCCGACCCCGCGCGCCGCCGCCGCCGCGGGCGGAACCAGCGCCGUUUCCUCCGGACACUCCGCCGCCGCCGAUGAACCGUCGCUGAAUUCCGACGCCUGCGACGGCUCGGAGGCGUCGUCCGGGGAUUGGGAACCUGCUGCAGUCCACUGUUCCAGUGCCGAAGCCGAUCGCAGCAGCGGCAGCUGCAGCGGCAGCUGCAGCGGCGGCGGCCGCGUGGGAUGCAUAGUGAAGAUGCUGACGGAGGGGAAGAAGGGGCAGAGCCCCGUGGCGCGGAGUGAGGAGGGGGAGGGCUCGACGAGGAGGAAUUCGGCGUCGGCGGAUGCGGGGGAGAGCGUCCGGAGCACGGCCUCGUCCGGGACGGCGCUCCGGCCGGUGAGAGGGCGCCGCGAUCUCGAAGAAUUGGUCGCGAGGAUGGAGCGGGAGCGGCGGAGGGAGCUCGCCGAGCUGGCCGAGCGGCAGGCCGUCUCGCGGUUCGCCUUCCGCGGCCGGCUUCAGUCAAUGCUAAGGCUCAGGUUCUUACGACGAGACGUGGCAGCCCGAAAUGAGAUCUGGACUCCGAUUCCAUCAACAACUCAGAAGCCGGAACGAAAGCAAGGCGGAGCGAUCUUGUCCAUAAGGCAGAGGUUCGAUCUUCGGGUGCAACACCAAGAAACUAGCGAAGCACCAAUUGAACAAAGUUCAAGCAGUAGUGCACUUGUUGAAUUCCCUACUGAUUCUGAAGGCUCAGAUUCCUCACCAUCAUCUGUUCAGAGGACUGCUGAUAACAAUCAAUAUCAGGAAGAUUCCUCCUCCUCCUCCCAAGAUGAACGUGAAAGCACGUCGCCUGGCCUCCACUCGGCAUCCUCUGCAAGCGAUGAUCUGCGCGAAGAAUGCCAUAGUCCUGAUGGCUCUUGGGAUGAAAGGAGCUUAUGGGUGAACAGUCUUGAUUGGCAGCAGUCUAUGGAUUCCAUAACUCCUCAUAGCUGGCAAGGAGAGGCUGUAACCGAGGCACUCGAAUCUUCCCAACACAGCGGACAUAAUGACCGUCCGUGGUUAUGCGAUUCGCCCAACUCAUGGAGAGCAUUGGAAGUUAGUAGACAGCAGAUGUUUCACAAUUUAUUUGAAAACUUAUCUGAUAAUAUUGAGAUCCGUGAGCUUCUAGAGAGGAGAAGGGUUUCGACUUCCCUCGCCAGUGACUUUUGUGGCAAAAUGAACCAGUUGAUCUUGUCAUUUUUACACAGACAAGGACAACAACAAUAUCAUGAUAGCAAUAAUUUUACUGACUACUAUGAAGAGCAACCAUUUUGGAGAUCAAAUGAUGAACUCCAAAACAACGAUCUAGUUGCAUCUGCCUCAUCAUCAUUGGUACCUUUAUCAUAUCAGACAUUUUCCAACCCAAACAGUCAGCGUCAUGCUUCAUUAACGCCCCAUGUUCCCCAAAAUCUGCUAGAGACGGAAGCUAUGCAAGAUAUGAGAAGUGAUAUGGCGCAAAUCCAUCAAGAAAUAGGUGAACUACGAAAGUUGGUAGAGAAUUGCCUAGAGUGGCAGGCCAGUCUGCAGCAGUCUAUCAAGCAGGAGGUUUCUGAUGCAGUCCGUCAAGCAGUUGCCGCAGUAAGUUUCCCAAGCUCUUCUAAUCCAACAAACGGAAGGAAAGGAAGCUGCUGCAUCUGCUGCGAAAUGCAAGUUGAUUCACUACUCUACAGGUGUGGGCACAUGUGUACCUGUUUCAAGUGUGCCCAUGAAUUGCAGUGGAGCAGUGGGAAAUGUCCAAUUUGUCGCUCUCCAAUUAUCGAUGUUGUUCGUGCAUAUCCUAAUUCAUAAGUUUGAUACUCAUAAUGACCUUGUGUUCUUUUGAAAUGUGCAAGUUAGUGGCCCUAAUAUUAAAAAAAGGGUGCUAAUUUUUUGUUAGCCUUGGUAUAUAUGCAUAUAAAGGCACUAUCAGUUUGACCAGUGUAAAGAUUUGCAUACAACUAAACUGUAAAUUUAUAGAAGAAUUCUCAUAUUGAUAUGUAAUUAUGGUAUUGAUAAUGGGAAUAAGUUUACUCUUUAUUCAGGCUUCAGCAUUAUCAAUAGAGAAAAAUGAAUUUUGUCA